AACUCACGCUGCCAUCGCUACCAAUAGCGCUUAACAAUUGCAGGUUUCUAUCUUGUGCUGCAAAUCAUUUGAUCCAGCGUCAAAUUUUGUGCACAUUUGACGAUUCAAUUUGGCAUGGGUUACACCAAGGGACCUGAUCAACGUAAUCCGCAGGCUGAUAUUGGUGCAGCAGUGCGUAAUGGACGAGAAAUACUUUUGCAGGCUUUCAAUUGGGAAUCUCAUAAGCAUGACUGGUGGAGAACUUUAGAGAAGAAGGUUUCUGAUAUUGCAAAAUCUGGAUUUACUUCAGCUUGGUUGCCACCGCCGACUCAGUCAUUCUCACCUGAAGGUUACCUUCCUCAGAACCUUUAUUCUCUUAACUCUGCAUAUGGCUCUGAGAAUUUAUUGAAGGCUUUACUUCAAACAAUGAAAAAGUACAAUGUCAGAGCAAUGGCUGAUAUUGUUAUUAAUCACCGUGUCGGAACCACCCAAGGGCAUGGAGGAAUGUAUAACCGUUACGAUGGGAUUCCAUUAUCAUGGGAUGAGCGUGCUGUUACAUCAUGUACAGGAGGACUGGGUAAUCGUAGCACAGGAGACAAUUUCAAUGGAGUUCCUAAUAUUGAUCAUAGCCAGCUUUUUGUUCAAAAAGAUAUUAUAGGAUGGUUGAAGUGGCUACGAAAUAGUAUUGGCUUUCAGGAUUUCCGUUUUGAUUUUGCAAAAGGUUACUCAGCAAAAUAUGUGAAAGGGUACAUUGAAGCAGCAAGGCCAAUAUUUUCUGUUGGCGAAUAUUGGGAUUCCUGCAACUAUAAGGGCUCUCAUUUGGAAUACAACCAAGAUAGCCAUAGACAACGGGUUAUCAAUUGGAUUGAUGGUGCAGGACAACUUUCAGCUGCAUUUGACUUCACAACAAAGGGAAUUCUUCAGGAAGCUGUUAAGGGACAAUUCUGGCGUCUCCGUGAUUCUCAAGGUAAGCCCCCUGGUGUAAUGGGAUGGUGGCCUUCAAGGGCCGUGACAUUCAUCGAUAACCAUGAUACAGGCUCAACACAGGGCCAUUGGCCUUUCCCUUCAAAUCAUAUUAUGGAGGGUUAUGCCUACAUACUUACACAUCCAGGAAUUCCAUCAGUGUUUUAUGACCAUUUUUAUGAUUGGGGUAACUCCAUUCACGACCAAAUUGUACAAUUGAUUGACAUUAGGAAGCGGCAAGGCAUCAAUAGCCGAUCAUCUAUCAGGAUUGUAGAAGCUCAGCCAAACCUUUACUCUGCAAUAAUCGGAGAAAAUUUGUGCAUGAAAGUUGGGGAUGGUUCGUGGUGCCCAGCCGGGAAAGAGUGGACACUGGCAACUUCAGGCCAUGGAUAUGCUGUAUGGCAAAAGUGAUUCAUUUCAUAUUGCUAACUAUUUAUUAGGAGUAUAUUCCUGCAAUGGACUUGAUAAUUAUGAAUAAUAUUCAAUUUUUAUCCUCGAAAUUGAUCUACGAAUGAACACUGUGCCAUUGUCGCUCUCAAUUCUUUGUUUUCGGAAUAUUACUGGCCUAUUACAGAUGUAAUAUGUUAAGGCAGCAAUGGUCUUUUAGAAUCGGAUGCAUUUGAGGUUAUCACUGAUUCAUUGAUAUCAGGCAGCCCCUCAAAUGUUGUUUGGAUAUUAUGUUAGUCCAUCAGUUUUGUAAUUUAUCUUCUAAAAUUAUUAGAAGAUGUGCGAAUAAUGUUGGGUAUGUUCUUACUCAAGUAUCUAAUGUAAGGUUUUGUAAUGUUUCUGCA